AUGAAGGUCUUAGUACUGUUGGUCUGUGUGGCGGUGGUAGCUGCGAAACCCACGACCGAAGAUGAAGUCAUGGGAUCAGUUGUUGGGGUUGUCAAAAGUUGCGCGGAAAAAGAUGUAUCCUUGUGUUUAAAGGAAAAGGCUUUGAAAUACGCAGAGAAUCUGGCAUCAGCACGCGAAAUUAGCAUCACCGAUGGCGUGACUCUCAUUGGUACUGGGUCAUCACGAGGCGCCAGAUCUUUCGAGCCCCUAUCUGAAGAGCCUAGGGCAAGAGAAGACCAGGUAGAAUCGAGAUUACUCGAUGCUGCUGCCGAGUUCUUGGAGAACCACGUAAUCCAGCUACGAGUGCCGAAAGGAACAGUUGAUGACGUCAAGAGAUCUCUUGAGGAAGGUCGUGGAAAGAAGAAGAAGUUGAAGCAACUCCUCCCCAUCUUCGCUCUCCUCCAGCUUAAGAUCCAGUCACUCAUCCCUCUGUUCCUUGGAAUCAUUGCGUUUGCAGCUGUUAAAGGAUUGUUGCUUGCCAAGGCUGCCCUCCUGGCAUCUGCUCUUCUAUUGUUGAAGAAACUUCUUUCAAAACAUGAGCACCAUGAGAGUUAUGAGGUCGUGGCCCACCCUCACCAUGAGGAGCACUUCGCCCAUGCCAGCCCUCACGGUGGUUGGGGAAGAUCUCAGGACGCCCAAGAAAUGGCCUACAAUGCCUACUCUAACUGA